AUGGCGUCCAAGGCGCUCCUCGUGUUAGCGCUCCUGCUCGCCGCCACCUUCCUCGUCGCCUCCGCUAACGAGCAAGCCCAGGCCAAAGAGGAGAAGAAGGCGGAUGUCCAGGACUGGCACGGUGGUGGCGGCUACCCGGGUGGCGGCGGCGGCUACCCUGGUGGCGGUGGCGGCCGGCAUGGCGGGGCGGCGGCUACCCUGGCGGCCACUGCCGGUGGGUUGCUGCAACCGCGGGUACCAUGGCGGCUGCCGGUGCUGCUCUCACCCUGA